UCGCUGUCAUCAGUACAAACAUCAGCAUCUUCCCGGGGUGCGCGCAGAGGAGCGGGAGGAGGAGGACGGGGGAGAGAGAGAGAGAGAGAAAGAUAGAUAGAGAGGAGAGGACAAAAAAAAAAGACAACAGAGGUGUGAGGGAGGUUAGACGUUGCGUGGAUAAAGGCUCUUUGACGACGAGGAGCAUGGUGAUGGUAGAGGUGAGGCGGUGGAGAAUUGUGGAUUUGCAAGAAAGGACUGCGCGUAUUUGACGCGGAUUGCAUCCAUUCUCGUUUUUUUCUUCUUCUAUCGCUUCUUUUGCACAUCCUGUUUGGACAUCACGGCGAGACAGAGCGGGGGGGAAACCCCACGGAUGCAAGGGAAGGUAAAAAAAAGACCUCCCAUCCAUACCUCCAUCCAUCCCUUCAUCCAGCUCUUAAGGACAUCAUGACAACAUCUCCUGUCUGCUUUAAAUGAAAGCAUCUACUGUGAAAUAAAGAUUUUUUUUUAAAUCAUUCAUAGUGUAGCCCCCCAAGGAAAAGGAGCAAUGUUGAAUCACUUGUCGUGGUGAAUUAUUCAUCAGUACUAUAGGUAGGCUAUGAUUUCUUCAAUGUAGCGUUCAUUUCUUCCAAUGCAAGGCCCCUCAUGCUGAACAACAGCGUGGAUUCCAUGUCAUUUUCUCGGGAGGGUGUCCACAAGCAGAGGACGGGGGUGUAAUCAAAAGAGAUUGUAUUUCUUCUUUAUUUUAAAAAGCAAGAGGAACAAACAUGUUGCCUUCCCAAGAAGCCUCCAAGAUCUACCACGGCAACUACAACUACAAUUACAACCCGCGGGCGGUCGGGGUGCUGUGGGCCAUCUUCACCAUCUGCUUUGCCAUCGUCAACGUGGUGGUCUUCAUCCAGCCCUACUGGAUCGGCGACAGCGUCAACACGCAGCAGGCGGGCUACUUCGGCCUCUUCCACUACUGCGUGGGCACGGGGCCGUCUUCCAGCCGGGAGCUCAUCUGCGUGGGCAGCUUCUCUGACUUCAGCUCCAUACCGUCGGGAGCCUUCAAGGCGGCGUCGGUUUUUGUGCUGCUGUCCAUGGUGCUCAUCAUCGGCUGCAUCGCCUGCAUGGCGCUCUUCUUCUUCUGCAACACCUCGACAGUGUAUAAGACCUGCGCUUGGAUGCAGUUGCUGUGCGGAGUAUGCCUGGUUCUGGGCUGCAUGAUCUUCCCCGACGGGUGGGAUGCAGAAGUGAUCCGGGAUAUGUGUGGGGAGCACACAGGGAAGUACUCCCUAGGCGACUGCUCUGUACGCUGGGCCUACAUGUUGGCCAUCAUGGGCAUCCUCAACGCUCUCGUCCUGUCCUUAAUGGCCUUUGUUCUUGGCAACCGGCAGAACGACUUCUACCUGGACGACCUGCAAACAGACAACAAAGAUUUCGCUGUGUCGAGGAUUGAGGUCCGGGAUAGAAGAGAACCGAGGUACGGUGUACAGCGUCUUCACUGAGGACGUCUUCUGCACUGGACGUCUUCACCUCUUCUCCUUCAUCUUCUUCUACUCCGCCUCCUCUCUUUCUCUCCAAUGAUCAGGAUAUCACCCAAUGUCAAUAGUGACACCAAGUGUACAGGAUUCUGUAAGAUAAACAAAGAAAACAACAACAACAAAUCACUGGGAUAAAUUAUAUUUUGGGGAGAAAAAAAGAAAAAUAGUUGUACAGUGCAUUUAACACUUGACUUUUUCAACAAAUACCUUUAUGAUGUGGGGGAAAAAGUAAAUAUUUAAAGUCUUGAUUUUGUGUGAAAAACUUUUCAGAUUUAUUUUAUGCAUAAUUUUGCUACUUCACUUUUUUUUUUUUUUUUAAAUAUACAUACAUCCUCAGCUGAUCACUGAGAGUCCCUGUCUGGGUUGAAAGUUGCAAUAUGGCCACCAAUGGAUGAUGGAUGAAAGAACAGUACCCCAGCAUAGCAGCUUUACUAACAUCUCUGGGAGAUUCUCUACUGUACAUACUCGACAAUGUAAAUAACAUUACUGCUGACAAAAACAAAAAAAAAACGAAAACAAAACCUCACGCUCAUUUUUUGUGUUUACGUCACUUGAGAAAAAUUGAGGUGUAAAUUGUCUUGCGAUAUUUUGCAAAAACAAAUGUGACUGAGUGGAGUUGUAGUGACGCACACAACACCACGUGCAUCGAUCUGGCUUUUUCCAAUUGGAUCCGUAGAUUUAAAAGAUACUAUAGUCCUCAAGGGGAGGCUAAAAAGUGCUGCAGAUGUCACUUUGGACGCCUCAUUGGACAAGCAACUGUGCCUGCAAGUAUCAUUAAUUAAUACCCAAAAGGAAAACAAAUAAACAAGCUGGUGUCAGCACACUGUAUAAAUAAUGUACCUGCAAGAAUGAACUCUCCGAACCAUGUUGGAUUUAAUGUCAAUACAACCAGUGUAAAGUAGAUGUCAGGGUAGCGCUCUAUAAAUUAGCACUGACUAAAUAAGAGGUAGAGGGAUUUUGAUAAAUAAUGAGACCACUUAUAAGUCAACUUAUAACAGAAUACAUUUUUCCUGCUAUAAAUCGCAGCAAAUUUGGAUUUGACCUAUAAAAUGCAGCAGUACCUGGCCAAACUACAGUUGGAAUUACAUAAUGUAUGAUUCACAACUGUUUAUAACACAUUGACUAUAUAUUUAUAAAGCAUUAAAGACGCUCACAUUGUAAAGAGAUGACAAUUGUUACACCCGCAAACGUAAUAACUGCCCACAAAUGUAAUACAAAUCUGCAGCUUUGAAUGUAAUAAUCUCACAAAUGUAAUAAAUUACCCACAAACAUAAUAAAAUUUGCUUAUUGCAAACGUAAUACUGAAAUUAUUACAUAUGUGGGAAAGUGAAAAAUUAAAUGAAAUGUAAUAACUUCCCACAAAUGUAAUAUGAGACAAAAUAAUGAUCUUUGUGGUUGUUGUUGUUGUCUGUCUUCUUUUAAUGAGGGAGAAGGUGUAGAUGUCAUUUUGAGGAUUUUAACAAGAUAAUUUUUUUUUAUGUGGAAAAAAUAUUAUUAAAAAAGUAUCAUUUGAAUACAUUAAAGGAAUCUUUAAUUAUUAAAUUAUAAUUUAUUUUAAAUUAAAAAAGAUAACAUAAUUGUGAUAAUUGCAAUUGUUUUAAUAAAAUUGUAUUUAAAUUUAUUACUAUUAUUAUAAUUAUUUAUUACUAUUAUUAUUAUUAUUAUUAUUAUUAUAUUUUACACACAUUUAUACACACAAAAUCACACAUACAAUAAUAUACUGCAAACAAAACGCACGUGUACGGCCACAAACAAAAUGUAAUAAUUUCCUGCAAAUUCAGUAUUACGUUUGCAGUGGGCAAAUUUUAUUACAUUUAAUUAUGUAUUUUAUAUUGGAUUAUUACAUUUAAUGCUAUAGAUUUGUAUUAUGUUUGUGGGCAGUUAUUACGUUUGCAGGUGUAACAGACGAUGUUUAUAAAUCAUUCAUUACACAAGGAAGAGGCAAAAGAGUUUACAACAUCAUUGAUAAGCCAUAAAAAGAUAUAAAAGAUAUAUUCAAAUGUAUAAAAAAAAUACAAUUUGGAGUAACAGAAUUCCAUCAGGAUUAGCAGCCUGUUUACAAACGAUAAGUAAAGCCUUUAUAAAGGUAUCCAUAUGGUAAAAUACGAGGUUUGCAGGUUUAUCUAACAGGCAUACCGUAUGUUUAUUUAUGGUACCAAUGGAACAUGAACAUGUUUACUUGUAAACCAGUCCAAAAAGUUCCAAUAUCAGUUUACAUACGUUCACAUUUGUAGUUGGUAAAUAGAAGACGGAUUUGAUUCGUUUUUGGCUGUGCAGUAAAAACGUAUGCAUAGUCACAACUUAACCGAUAACGGUCUGUGUUGCGUUCACACGAAGUCACUUGCAAGCGGACCGAUUCUGAACUAUAUAUAGCGUUCACACCGGACUAAAGGACCCACACAAUAGGAGAAAUAGUUCAAUUCAAAGUAGUCACUCAGUCACAUCCCCGCAUUUUAAACAGUCCAGGUACAGUCAUGAGCAGCUAGCUAGAUGUACUACUACGACUACUACUACCACCACUAGACGUGUUGUUCUUUUUGGAUGCUUGCUAGCUAACUCUCAGGAAGCUGUGUACGCAGCACUGUAUUCAAGUGGGGAGAAAAAUGUUCAUUUGGGUUCGACUACUAUGGGUUUACAAGCUGGGCCUUAAGGCAAUAUGAACAAAAAAAAAAAGCCCUUAUGCUGAAUCUACAGUAUCUCCCAAAUGUGAAUAUAUGCCUCACAUUUUGUGAUGGAUUUUAUCAACAUAAUAUCUUCUCAAAGAAUAAUACUCGAGAAAUUUGGUUGAAAUACUUUAUAGUAGUCAGUGUACAGCUUGCAAAGCAAUGGAGUCAAAUGUGGGGGUACGGUCUGGGCUGCAUGAGUGCCGCCAACACUGGGGAGCUGCGGUCCAUAGAGGGGAAAUAUGCAUUCCAACAUGUACUGUGACAUUGUGAUGUUGUGAUGUUUCCCCACAUGAUGAGUCGGUGAACCACAGCUCCGUAGUGCCAGCAGCACUCAUACCCCCAGACCAUGGCUGUGUUCAAAACCGCAUACUUACUACUACAUACUUCCAUACCCAUACUAUCCGCACAUCAGACAGAAUGCAAAGCGUUUACACUACAGUGUACCUCAUGAUAACCCACAAUGCAUUGCGCUCCUACCUGAGCCGAAAUUGACAGGCUGAAGCUGAUUUCACUUUAGCUCUAAACUCUUUAAAUACAUAAUUUUAUUGAGUUUUUUUUUUUUUUUUUAAAUCAGACGUGAAAGUGUCCGUUUAGAUCCCAAGUGUGCAAUUUAUUUGUCCAAAUACCAACCGUUUACAAUUUUGUUGGGGCAAAUUCGGCAAAAUUUAAGCUAGCCGAAGUGAGCAACGCAAAAUAAAACACCUUAAUUUUCUCUUACAAAAAAAACAUAGUGAUAAAUCACUGCUUUUACUUUGAAAACAAGAAGCGAACCAACUCGCAAUAUUUCCUGCUUGACGCCGCCAUUUGGUCCAUUUUUUUUUCCGCGGCCACGUCACGUCGCGUUGCAUCCUGGGUAAUUUAAGUGUGAGUAGUAAGCUGAUGAUACAUACUCAACAUUUCUACUGCGAAUGCAGUAUGCAUUCGGAAACUUCUCGCAUACUCAAAAAUCGCAUACUGCCAUUGUAGACACACUGCAUACUCAAAGAGUUAGUAUGAGUAGUAUGUAAGUAUGCGGUUUCGAACACAGCCCAUGGCGCAAUCAUCUCGCUACUCACUUGUGUUGCUAGCUAUUUAGGCAAGAACGGCUGUGUGGUUUUCCCCGUUCUUUAGUAAAACAAAGGUACGUUUCAGUAAAAUAUUUAUAUUUUUAGGCAAAAUGUGUAAACAAUAAUGCCACAACAUAAAUAACACCAAAUAAUGGUUGUUGUUGUUGUUAUAGAAAAUAACCUUUUUUUUGCGUGCGUUAAAAUUGCCCUUCAAUGGGUAACCUCCUUUACGCAACACGGCGAAAUGCCUUUUCACUUCCUGGUUGCUGUGUAGUGUGUAUUUCAAUGGGAGAAAUGCAGGCUGAGUUCUUAUAAAAUGCACUUCUGCAGUCGUUUUUUUUUGGGCGGGGGGCUUAAAACUGCAUCAAACAUGCUCUCUUCUAUUGUGGAGUUGCAUCAUCACCUCUUUGUGCCUCUUUGUGCAAAAAAAAAAAAAUUGGUAGCGAAUGAGUUAACUCAUUUUGAGCAGAUACUGCUAUUCAGGCUGUACAUGGACUACUUGAAAGUAUAUCCAGGUUUACUUUCUGUAGUAUUGUCCCUUGAGAGGAUAUAUAGAAAUAGCUAAAAUGUGAGGGGUUGUACUCACUUUUGUGAUAUACCGUACCACAGAUUUUUAGCCUCAUUGACCAUCGCAGUGCCGAGUAUUUUCUUUUUAAAAGCAUGUAAAAUGAUAGAAAUCACUGUUAUGGUAUGUACAGAUAUUGCUGAUUUUUUUUUUUGUUUUGUUUUUAAACAAGUAAUCCACAUGCUGAAAACUAAGCAUGAAGGUUUCCAUCAAUUUGCAUAAAGAAGACGGGACAUAAUGGGAAUAUACUCAAGGGUCCGGAAUGACUUUCAAUUAAAGAAAUCUACAACGGUGAUGGAAAAGAAAAGAGGCCUACAUGUUCCUGUUCGGACUUCCAAGCAUCAUUUGUCCGCACCGGUGUGCUUUUUUCUCCCCCCUCUUUCCUCGAUCCUGAGAACGAGGACUUUUUUUUCCUGAACUAACAACCUUAAAACACGGGGAAGUGACGCUAUCUUAACCCUGAUGAGCACAUCUUUCUACUACUCCAGGUGCCUCUAAGAACUCUAUGAUCCAGAUGUGGUGCAGAACCAGCAAAACAAGUAGUGACACUGUAGGCUUUUUUUUUUUUUUACUAUAAAAUAAACAAAGACUACGACACUCCGACUGAGCUCUUGAAAAGCGACACCAUGAUGCGUUCGGCUGUGGAUUUGAGGUCCAACUAAGAUGUCCCACUUUUGAUUAAGACGGGGUCGAGGGGGGGCAUUCAGCUGCAUUAAAUGACAUGCUGAAUUUACUUUAUUAUCUUGAGUUCAAAGACAAAUAAAGCUUUUCAAUGAUUUCAAUAUCAUGUAUUAAACAUGUUUCGGUGGAAGGGGUGGGGCUAAAUAAUGUCUAGUGAUUUUUUUUUUUAUAGUUGACUUAUGUUCAAUCCUGAAAUGUUGCCAAAAUAUCAUGUGUUAAAAAAAAAUAGAAAUGUUUUAUUUUGUUGGGUUGUUUUGUACAAGAAAAUAAUUGGAUGAGAAUAUUUGAACGUACUGUAAUCUUUAGUUCACUUUCUGUGUAUUUUACUAUAAUGGUUGUUUUGUCACAUCAGAUCAUCUUUUUUUUUUGGAUUGAUUUCACUAACGGAUGAUUGCUUGUUGAAAUAUCAACACCCCCAAAAUGCAUUUAAGGAAAAAAAAAUGAAAAAAAGGUAUAUUUAUGAAUUUCCAAGAAAAAAAAGAUGUUUGUUGCUUUUUAUGAAUGGUUUCUGAUGUCUGAAAGUUUCGAUUCCUUUAUGUGAAUAGUAUUACAGCUCACUAUGAACGUUUCUUUUACUCAAAUGCAUUUUGAGAGGGUUGAAUAAAGAUAUUUUACAACUUAAAAACAACUUGUUUUGUUUAAUUGUGUACUUUGACCUAAAACGACAAAGGUACUAAAGAUUUGAAGGCCAAUAGAAAAAGGGCUUAAAUGUAAUUGGGGGGGAAAACAAGGAAAAUAAUCAAAGAUGUCCAUGGAAAAAGUUUUGUCUCACUGGAAUACAAACAAAUAUACAAACAAAACUUACUUCAAACUGGACAGUCACCCUAAACUCAAAAAUAAUGUGUAUUUCGGAAUACAUUUGUAUGUAUUAUUUGUAUGUAUUUCAGCAAUGGAGAAGGACCAAUAUGGCAGCCACUGCUGUGUUACAUAUUAUUUGAUACACAAGAAAAAUAAGUAUAUGUUUUAGAAAAAGUAUCAUUGUUUUCUUAAUGAAAAAGUGCAGAAACAAACCACCACAUAAAAUGAAUAAAUAAGCUGAAAUAAAGUAAGGCUACACGGUGGACAAGCGGUUAGCUCGCAGGUCUCACAGCUAGGAGACCCAAGUUCAAUUCCACCCUCGGCCAUCUCUGUGUGGAUGUGUGGGUUUUCUCUGGGUACUCCGGUUUCCUCCCACAUUCCAAAAACAUGCUAGGUUAAUUGGCGACUCCAAAUUGUCCUUAGGUAUGAAUGUGAGUGUGAAUGGUUGUUUGUCUAUAUGUGCCCUGUGAUUGGCUGGCCACCAGUCCAGGGUGUACCCCGCCUCUCACCUGAAGACAGCUGGGAUAGGCUCCAGCACCUUCCACAACCCUUGUGUGGAUAAGCAGUAGAAAAUGAAUGAAUGACUUUCUCAAUACAGUUUUACUAGGUACUACUACUAUAAACGAGUAUAAACAU